AUGGCUACUGCUACAGACGAUACCCUGACCAAAGUGUCCACUGAAGGCGCCACUGAAUUCAUCCAAUCCUUCUACGUCGCACUUCAAUCAAACCGCCCGUCAAUCGAAUUGUACUACGCCGCACAACCUACAACCAUCCUCUUCAAUGGAAACCAAGUAGCAGACGGAGCUGCUGUUCAAGAAAUCUUCACGAAUCAGAUGCCUACCGCGAAAUACGAGGCCCAGUCAUAUGACUGCCAAAUCAUCAACCGCGCAUACCCCUCCACCACACCCAACGGCCUCAAGCCUCCCUCCGAGAUGACCGUCAAGGACAUGUCCAUCUUGGUGAUGGUCAGUGGUCAUGUUCGAUACGGUGACGGCUCUGACCUACCUCAGCGUGGCUUCAGCGAAACCUUUGUGCUGAUCCCGAACCAGACUUCGGAUAAGGGCAAGCGCCGCAAGGAGUGGCUCAUCCAGAGCCAAAACUUCCGACUAGUGGUAUGA